GAAGCCAGAGCUUUUAUUUGCCUUCCAUGUCCGUUUAUGUUUAUUUAUACAUGCGUUGUUGUUAAUCUCUCAAAACUUGGGAAUUGUAGUGUUUUGAUAUAUCUUAAGAAGUAAAGAAUUAUGGAGAGUCUUUGUCGGGUUUUGGUGGCGGUAUUAGGAACCUUGGCAAUUAUUCAUCUUGUUCAAGCUCAGGGUCAACAAGGCUUCAUCAGUUUGGAUUGCGGGCUACCCGUGAAUGAACUGUCUCCUUAUGAUGAGCCGAGGACCGGUUUACGGUUCUUAUCUGACGAAAAGUUCAUCCAAAGCGGAAAAGCUGGCCGAAUCCAACCAAAUACUGAAGCAUACCUGAAGCCAUACGAGACGCUGAGAUAUUUUCCAGAUGGAAUUCGGAAUUGCUACAAUCUAAACGUUGAGAAGGGAAUGACACAUUUGAUCAGGGCUUACUUUAUCUAUGGAAAUUAUGAUGGUCUUGACAUUAAACCAAAGUUUGAUCUCUAUCUUGGACCUAAUCCAUGGACCACCAUAGAUUUGCAAACACAAGUGAAUGGUACACGGGCUGAGAUCUUGCACAUUCCAAUAUCAAACUCAUUGCAGGUUUGUCUUGUUAAGACCGGGACGACUAAUCCGCUAAUAACCACCUUGGAGAUACGGCCUAUGGGAAAUGACACUUACAUUACUAAGUCUGGUUCUCUGAAUCUUUUCUUUCGGGUAUACCUUAGCAAAUCAGACGGUUACCUAAGGUACCGAAAUGAUGUCUAUGAUCGUGUAUGGACUUCGUUUUCAAGGAAUGAAUGGACCCACAUUUCCACCACUCUGGAAGUGAGCAAUUCAAACAAAUAUUUUCCACCAAAAGAAGCACUCAAAACUGCUGCAACACCUACUAAUUCCAGUGCACCAUUGACGAUGGAAUGGAGUUCGAGUAAUGUUAAUAACCAAUAUUACUUGUAUGCACAUUUUGCUGAGAUCCAAGAGUUGCAGACCAACGAUACAAGGGAAUUUAACAUGGUUUGGAAUGGACAAGUCAUCUCCGACCCUAUAAUUCCUCCAAAAUUCAAUAUAUAUACUAUCUUUAGCCUGUCACCAAGUACUUGUGAAGGAGGAAAAUGCAGUUUUCAGCUGAGAAGAACCAACAGAUCAACUCUUCCACCUUUGCUUAACGCUUUUGAGGUCUACACAGUUAUCCAGUUUCCGCAGAUCGAAACAAAUGAAAACGACGUGGUUGCCGUCCGAGACAUCAAAACCACCUAUGAAAUUAGUAGAAAUAGCUGGCAAGGAGAUCCAUGUGUCCCUCGGCAGUUUAUGUGGGACGGAUUAAACUGCAGUAACACUGAUACGUCUACACCAAGAAUCACUUAUUUAAACUUGUCUUCAAGUGGUCUAACUGGAUCCAUAGCUGCUGCCAUUCAAAAUCUUACGCAACUAGAAAAACUAAACAUAAGCUGGAACAAUCUUAAUGGUUCAAUUCCUCAGGCUCUUCGAAGAAAAGGACUGGAAUUAUUUCCUCAAGGGAACCCUAGGCUUUGUCUCUCUGGUUCAUGCCUACCAUCCAAACGCAAACCAUUUCCAGUGGCAAUUGUUGCAUCAGUUGCUUCGGUGGCCAGUAUUAUUAUUGCUGUCUUGGUUCUUAUUUUUGUUUUCAGAAAGAAAAAGCCGUCAACUGUGGGAGCUCUACAACGGCCACCUAGUAUAUCGCCAGCGGUGAAUGUUACAUAUCCUAAUUCACCUGAACCAUCAAUCCAAACGAAUAAGAGGAGGUUUACUUAUUCAGAGGUCACUGAUAUGACAAAAAACUUCCAAAGAGUUGUUGGGGAAGGAGGAUUUGGUAUUGUGUAUCACGGUACUCUUAAUGGAAAUGCACAAGUAGCUGUUAAAGUACUCUCUCAGUCAUCAACUCAAGGCUACAAGCAAUUCAAGGCAGAAGUUGAUCUUCUUAUGAGAGUUCACCAUACAAAUUUGGUUAGCCUGGUUGGAUAUUGUGGCGAAGGAGAUCACUUGGCUCUCAUCUACGAGUUUGUGCCCAAUGGAAACUUAAGACAACAUCUGUCAGGAACACGAGGCAGAUCCAAUAUCAACUGGGGUAUUCGACUACGAAUAGCUGUGGAGGCUGCACUAGGAACCCCUGGUUACCUUGAUCCGGAAGGUCUCAUCGUCAUCGCCGUCCUUCUCACGACGGGAGGUUUCGCUGCCGUGUAUGGCCGAUUUUUGGCCGGAGAGUUCUCACAUUCGUCCUCCUCACAACAGUUAUUGGGCCGGUCGACGCCGGCUGAAAGAGAUGGCUCUCAAAAUUCUCUCAGAUUCAUGGCCGGAAGAAUUAUGGGAAGUCCUCGUCCGCUUUUGCUUCUCCUAUCAGGAGUUUUUGCCAUCAUUUGUAUUGUUCAAGCUCAGGAUCAACAAGGGUUCAUCAGUUUGGAUUGCGGGUUACCCGUGAGUGAAAUGUCUCCUUAUAUCGAGCCAUCAACCGGACUACAGUUCUCGUCUGAUGCUAAGUUCAUCCAAACUGGUAAAAUUAGUAAAAUUGAGGCGAAUCUGGAGAGUGCUUACCUGACGCCCUACAUGAGUCUGAGAUAUUUUCCGGAUGGGAUACGGAACUGCUAUAGUCUGAGUGUUGACGUGCAUAGGAAACAUUUGAUCAGGGCUAUGUUUGUUUAUGGAAAUUACGAUGGUCUCAACUCUAAUCCGAAAUUUGACCUGCAUUUAGGCCCUAAUCCGUGGGCAACAAUAAAUUUGCAAGCGUCUGUGAAUGGUACAGUGCAGGAGAUCAUUCACACCCCAACAUCAAACUCAUUGCAGAUUUGUCUUGUUAAGACAGGGACAACUACACCAAUGAUCUCAGCCUUGGAGUUACGGCCGUUGGGAAAUAAUUCUUACCCCACACAGUCAGGUUCCCUAAAUCUUUUCUUUCGGAUGUAUGUCAACAAGGCAGAUGACUUUCUACGGUACCCAGAUGAUGUAUAUGAUCGCAGAUGGUUUGAUUUUUUCUUGAAGAGUUGGACCGAGAUUUCCACGACCCUCAAAGUGAGCAAUGAUAACGAAUAUGAUCCACCAAAAAAGGCACUUGCAACAGCUGCCACGCCCUCCAAUGCCAGCGCACCAUUGACAAUCAGUUGGACACCAGUUAAUCCUGGUGACGAAUACUACUUGUACAGCCACUUCGCUGAGAUACAAGAUUUACAGACCAAUGAUACCAGGGAAUUUGAAUUGUUCUGGAAUGGAGCUGUUAUUAGCAAACCUUUCAUUCCUUCAAAGUUAGCGGUAGAUACUCACCUGGAUAUUUCUCCAAGGACUUGCAAAGGAGGGAAAUGCAUUUACCAGCUAAUUAAAACCGCAAGAUCAACUCUUCCUCCUCUACUUAACGCGCUUGAAGUCUAUACAGUAAUCCAAUUUCCACAAUCGGAAACAAAUGAAAAUGAUGUGGUUGCUGUAAAGAAUAUCGAAGCUGCCUAUAAAUUGAGUAGAAUCAGGUGGCAAGGAGAUCCUUGCGUCCCUCAACAGUAUGUGUGGGAUGGUUUGAACUGUAGCAACACAGAUAUUUCUACGCCUCCAAGAAUAACAUCCUUAAACUUGUCUUCAAGCGGGUUAACUGGAACCAUAGCGGCUGCUAUUCAAAACCUUACACAGCUAGAAAAACUGGACUUAUCAAAUAACAAAUUGACUGGAGUGGUGCCUGAAUUUCUAGCCCAGAUGAAAUCUUUGUUGAUCAUAAACUUAAGCGGGAACGAUCUUAAUGGUCCGCUUCCGCAAGCUCUUCAAAGAAAAGGACUAGAGUUACUAGUCCAAGGAAACCCAAGGCUUUGUCUCUCUGGCUCCUGCACAGAAAACUCCAAGAAGAAAUUUCCUGUCGUAAUUGUUGCAUCAGUUGCUUCUGUGGCCAUAAUCGUUGCUGUGUUGGUUCUUAUUUUUGUUCUCAAUAAGAAAAAGCCGUCAACUGUGGAAGUGAUUGAUACAUAUGCUAUUUCAUCUGAACCAUCAAUCGGGACAAAGAAGAGAAGGUUUACUUAUUCAGAGGUUAUGAAAAUGACGAAUAAUUUCCAAAGAGUAGUAGGGGAAGGAGGAUUUGGACUCGUGUGUCAUGGUACUAUAAAUGGUUCCAAACAGGUAGCUGUUAAAGUCCUCUCUCAGUCAUCAAGUCAAGGCUAUAAGCAUUUUAAGGCAGAGGUCGAUCUUCUUCUAAGAGUUCACCAUACAAAUUUGGUGAGCCUCGUUGGAUAUUGCGACGAAGGAGAUCACUUGGCUCUUAUCUACGAGUUUAUGCCCAAUGGAGACUUAAGAGAACAUCUAUCCGGAAAACGCAGUGGGUCCUUUAUCAACUGGGGCAAUCGGCUACGAAUAGCUCUAGAUGCUGCACUUGGAACUUUCGCCAUUCUCCACCUUGUUCAAGCUCAAGAUCAACAAGGGUUCAUCAGUUUGGAUUGCGGGCUACCUGAUACGGAACUGUCUCCUUAUACUGAGUCAAUAACCAGACUAAAGUUCUCAUCAGAUGCAAAGUUCAUCAAAACUGGAAAAAUUGGUAAAAUCCAGGCAAAUCUUGACUACCUGGAGCCAUACACGAGGUUGAGAUAUUUUCCAGAUGGGAUGCGGAACUGUUACACCCUGAGUGUUGAUAAGGACAUUACAUAUGUGAUCAGGGCUACGUUUGUUUAUGGAAAUUACGAUGGUUUAAACGCUUACCCGCAAUUUGAUCUGCAUCUAGGCCCUAAUCCAUGGCAAACAAUAGAUUUGAAAAAAAAAGUGAAUGGUACAGUGGCGGAGAUCCUUCAUAUUCCAACAUCAAGCUCAUUGCAGAUUUGUCUCGUUAAGAUAGGGACGACUACACCGAUUAUUUCAGCCUUGGAAUUACGACCGUUGGCAAAUAAUUCGUAUGUAACAGAGCCAGGUUCCCUGAAGCUUUUCUCUCGGAUUUAUCUCAACGAGGCAGAAGAUGAAUCUCUACGGUACCCAGAUGAUAGCUAUGAUCGCCGAUGGUUUUCGUUUUUUAAGACGUCUUGGACUCAGGUUUCCACCAGUCGUACUGUCGAAAUUAGUAACGUAUGUUAUCCACCGAAAGUUGCACUAAAAACGGCUGCUGUUCCUACCAAUUCUAGUGAGCCAUUGAUGAUUAAUUGGCGUUCAGAUAAUCCUAGUGACCUAUACUACGUGUACAACCACUUCGCCGAGAUACAAGAUUUAGGUAGCAAUGAGACCAGGGAAUUUGACAUGUUCUGGGAUGGACGUAAUGUUGGUGAAGUUCUCAUUCCUUCAAAGUUAAAGUUACUUACUUUGCAGUCACUGGGUCCAUGGCCUUGUAAUGAAGGCAGAUGCAUUAUUCAGUUGGUAAGAACCCCGAGAUCAACUCUUCCUCCUAUACUUAACGCUCUUGAAGUUUUCACAGUUAUCGAGUUUCCACAAUCGGAAACAAAUGAAAAUGACGUGGUUGCUGUAAAAAACAUCAAAGCAACGUAUGGAUUGAGUAGAAUUACCUGGCAAGGAGAUGGAGAUCCAUGCGUCCCUCAAGAGUAUGCAUGGGACGGUUUGAACUGUACCAAUAUCGAUAAGUCUACACCACCAAGAAUCACUUCCUUAAACUUGUCUUCAAGCGGGAUAAAUGGAUCCAUAGCAGCUGGCAUUCAAAACCUUACGCUGCUAGAAAAACUGGACUUGUCGAAUAAUAAUUUGACUGGAGGGGUGCCGGAAUUUCUAGGCAACAUGAACUCGUUGUUAUUCAUAAACUUAAGCGGGAACGAUCUUAAUGGCCCAAUUCCUCAAUCUCUCCAAAGGAAAGAACCAGGACUAGAAUUACUUCUUCAAGGAAAUCCAAGGCUUUUCCCUUCUGUUUCACCCCCAAAACCACCUAAAAAGAAAUUUCCACUGACAAUUGUUGUAGCAGUUGCUUUUGUGGCCAUCAUCAUUGUUGCGUUGAUCAUUUUUCUUUUUCUCAGAAAGAAAAAGCCAUCGACUACGGAAGCUCUACAAACACCAAGUACCCCACCAAUGAAUGUUACAUAUGACAAUUCACCUGAACCAUCAAUCGAAACGAAAAAGAGAAGGUUCACUUAUUCAGAGGUUAUGAAAAUGACGAACAACUUCCAAAGAGUAUUAGGAGAAGGUGGAUUCGGUAUUGUCUGUCAUGGUAUUCUAAAUGGUUCAGAACAGGUAGCUGUUAAAGUGCUCUCUCAAUCAUCAACUCAAGGGUAUAAGCAGUUCAAGGCAGAGGUUGAUCUUCUUCUUAGAGUUCACCAUACAAAUCUGAUUGCCGGGGAAAAAGAUCUCUACACCGGGAAACCGCUGAUGGCGAAGCCCUCUUCUCUUUCUCUCGAUGGGAGGUUAGAGAAUAUGAAGAAUUCUCUUGGCCUUUUGUUGCUGCUAGUAGCCAUCAUUCAUAUUGUUCGAGCUCAAGACCAACAAGGAUUCAUCAGUUUGGAUUGCGGGCUACCCGCGAAUGAACAGUCUCCUUAUGAAGAGAGUUUCACUGGACUGCGGUUCUCUUCGGAUGAAAAGUUCAUACGUAGUGGAAAAAACGGUCUAAUCCGAGAAAAUCCUGUGGGAUACGCGAAGCCAUACGAGUCGCUGAGAUAUUUUCCAGAUGGAAUAAGGAACUGCUACAAUCUAAACGUUGAAAAGGGCAGGACACAUUUGAUUGUGGCUAGGUUUGUAUAUGGAAAUUAUGAUGGUUUUGACCUUAAACCAAAGUUUGAUCUGUAUCUUGGACCUAAUUUAUGGGCCACGGUGAAUUUGCAAACACAAGUUAAUGGUACAGCGGAAGAGAUCUUACACAUCCCAACAUCAAACUCGUUGCAGAUUUGUCUUGUUAAGACUGGGGAAACUAUACCGCUAAUAUCGGCUUUGGAAUUACGACCAAUGGCAGAUGAUUCUUAUAUCACUAAGUCUGGUUCCUUGAAUCUUUUCUCUCGAAAAUAUCUUAGCAAGUCAGGAUCUGAUCUACGGUAUAUGAAAGAUGUCUAUGAUCGCACAUGGGUAUCAUAUGGAGCAAAUUUUCGGACGGGGUGGACACAGAUUUACACCGCUCUUGAAGUGAACAAUUCCAACAAUUAUGCUCCACCAAAAGAUGCGCUAAAAAAUGCUGCCAUACCGACUAAUGCCAGUGCGCCAUUGACGAUUGAAUGGCCUCCAGGAAGUCCCAGGUACCAAUAUUACUUGUACGCACACUUUGCUGAGAUCCAAGACUUGCAGGCAAAUGAUACCAGAGAAUUCAACAUCCUAUUGAACGGAGAAGUUUUUUCUGACCCUAUCAUUCCUAAGAAACUUGACAUAACUACUGUCCAAAGUGUGACCCCAAAAACUUGCCAAGAAGGGAAAUGUAGUUUGCAGCUAACAAGAACCAACAGAUCAACUCUUCCACCUCUACUUAACGCUUUGGAAAUCUAUGCAGUCAUCCAAUUUCCACAAUCCGAAACAAAUGAAAUUGACAUGAUUGCUAUAAAAAACAUUGAAGCCGUCUAUGGAUUGAGUAGAAUCAACUGGCAAGGCGAUCCAUGUGUCCCUCAACAUUUUAUCUGGGAUGGUUUAAACUGCAGCAACACGGAUAUCUCCACACCACCAAGAAUCAUUUCUUUAAACUUGUCUUCAAGUGGUUUAACUGGAAACAUAGCAGCUGCCAUUCAAAACCUUACGCAACUAGAAAAACUGGACUUGUCGAAUAAUAGCUUGACUGGAGGAGUGCCGGAGUUUCUAGGCAAAAUGAAAUCGUUGCUUGUCAUAAAUUUAAGUGGGAACAAUCUUAGUGGUUCAAUGCCUCAAGCUCUUCAAAAGAAAGGACUAGAACUAUUUGUUGAAGGAAACCCAAGGCUCUGUCUCUCUGAUUUAUGUAGGAAACCACCUAAGAAAAAAGUUCUUGUGCCAAUUGUUGCAUCAGUUGCUUCUGCAGCCAUUGUCAUUACUUUAUUGAUUCUUUUUCUUGUAGUCAGAAAGAGAAAGUCAACUAUUGUAGAAGGUUUCAUCAGUUUGGAUUGCGGGCUGCCCGCAAAUGAAUUGUCUCCUUAUAAAGAACCAAAUACUGGAUUACAGUACUCUUCCGACGCAACAUUCAUCCAGAGUGGAAAAACUAGUAAAGUCCAGGCAACUAUGGAGGAUACAUUCCUGAAGCCAUACUCAACGCUGAGAUAUUUUCCAGAUGGAAUACGGAACUGCUACAAUCUAAACGUCGAGAAAGGAAGAAAUCAUCUGAUCAGAGCUUGGUUUAUGUAUGGAAAUUAUGAUGGACGUGACAAUAGCCCGAGGUUUGACCUGUAUCUUGGACCUAAUCCAUGGGCCACGAUCGAUUUGCAUAGACGAGAGAAUGGUACACGGGAAGAGAUCUUUCACAUACCAACAUCAAACAAGUUGCAGAUUUGUCUUGUUAAGACUGGGGAAACUAUACCAAUGAUCUCAGCCUUGGAAAUACGGCCCAUGGGAAAUGAUUCUUAUAUCACCCAGUCCGGUUCUCUGAGUCUCUUCUUUCGGGUAUAUCUUACCGAAUCGAAGAAGUACCUAAGGUACCCGACCGAUGUCUAUGAUCGCCAAUGGAUUGCGUUCUUUUGGAGGGAGUGGACCCAGAUAUCAACCACUAGCGAUGUGAAAACUUCCACCAAUUAUGAAGUACCAGAAGCCGCACUUGUAACUGCAGCCAUACCUACUAAUGCUAGUGCGCCAUUGGCGAUUGAGUGGACUUCACCAGAUCCUAAUACCCAAUAUUACUUGUUUAGACACUUUGCUGAGAUCCAAGACUUGGGAACUAAUGAAACCAGGGAAUUCAACAUGUUAUGGAACGGAGAAGUGAUCUCUACACCUAUAAUUCCUGAUAAGUUAAAGAUAACUACUAUCUUAAGUACAUCUCCAAGGACUUGCGAUGCAGGGGACUGUAAUUUUCAGCUGAAAAGAACCAAUAGAUCAACUCUUCCACCUCUACUUAACGCUCUUGAAGUCUUCACAGUUAUCCAGUUUCCGCAGUCUGAAACAAAUGAAACUGACGUGGCUGCUAUAAGAAACAUUGAAGCCACCUAUGGAUUGAGUAGAAUCAACUGGCAAGGUGAUCCAUGCGUCCCUCAACAGUUUAGGUGGGACGCUUUAAACUGCAGCAACACGGAUCCCUCCACACCACCAAGAAUCACUUCUUUAAACUUGUCUUCAAGUGGUUUGACUGGAAACAUAGCAGCUGCCAUUCAAAACCUUACGCAACUAGAAAAACUAAACUUAAGCGGGAACGAUCUUAAUGGUACAAUUCCUCAAUCCCUACAAAGGAAAGGUGGACCCCAGCUAAUCCGUCAUGGAAACCCAAGGCUUUUUCCCUCUGAAUCACCCACAAUAUCAACAGGCAAGAGCUUUCCAGUUGUAAUUGUUGCAUCAGUUGCUUCUGCUGCCUUCCUCAUUGUUGUGCUGGUUCUUGUACUUGUUCUCCGAAAGAAAAAGUCGUCGACUGUUCAAGUUGUUCACCCGCCUCCAAGUAGGCCAACCAUGAAUGUUCCUUAUGCUAACUCACCUGAGCCCUCAAUCGAGAUGAAAAAGAGAAGGUUUACUUAUGCAGAGGUUAUGAAAAUGACGAAUAAUUUCGAAAGAGUUGUAGGGGAAGGAGGAUUUGGCGUUGUCUGUCACGGUACUGUAAAUGGUUCUGAACAGGUAGCUGUUAAACUACUCUCACAAUCAUCAACUCAAGGCUAUAAAGAGUUCAAGGCAGAGUGGGAUGAUUCCCAGAGCAAGAUAGUUUGUGCUACAAGUAACACAAUUGUAAAGAAACCACUCAACGAACUCACUGUGGCUUUGACCUGUCGUGUGCUCUGUUUGUAUUUGUGAGUGCCGGUUAGUAUUUUUUUUGUUAAUGUGGUUUUAAAACCUUCUUAUGUAAAUAGUUACUUUAUCUAUUGAAGUGUGUUCUUGUGGUCUAUAGUUUCUCAAAGGGAAAUAAAAAUGUUGAAAUCCC